AUGUCACAGGGUACUUUAUAUGCUAAUUUUAGAAUCAGAACUUGGGUCCCAAGAGGGCUUGUCGAAACUUUGAAGCUGGACAUCAAGGUUGUUACGCCUGACAGCGCCGCUGAAGAGUUCGCAAGGGACUUCCCAUUGAAGAAGGUUCCUGCAUUCGUAGGACCAAAGGGCUAUAAGUUGACAGAGGCUAUGGCCAUUAACUACUAUUUGGUAAAGCUUUCACAAGAUGAAAAGAUAAAGGCUCAAUUGUUGGGUGCUAGCGAUGACUUAAAUGCUCAAGCGCAGAUCAUCAGAUGGCAAUCGUUGGCCAACAAUGACUUGUGUAUCCAGAUUGCCAACACUAUUGCACCCUUGAAGGGGGAUGUUCCUUACAAUAAGAAGAACUUCGACGCAGCCAUGGGCAAUGUUAGCAAGAUCGUUGACAUCUUCGACGGUAGAUUGAAAAACUACACUUAUUUGGUGACGGAAAGCAUCUCCUUGGCCGACUUAGUCGCCGCCUCCAUCUUCACCAGAUACUUCGAAAACCUAUUCGGUUCUGAAUGGAGAGCUCAACAUCCGGCCAUCGUGAGAUGGUUCAACACCGUCAGAGCUUCUCCCUUCUUGAAGGACGAAUACAAGGAUUUCAAGUUCACUGACAAGCCAUUGGCGCCUCCCCAAAAGAAAAAGGAAAAGAAGGCAUCAACUGCCAUCGCUACGCCUCCAAAGAAGAAGGAGGAAGCCAAGCCGGCCACUACGGAGACCGAGACUUCUUCCAAGAAGCCAAAACAUCCAUUGGAGUUAUUGGGCAAGUCGACCUUCGUACUAGAUGACUGGAAGAGAAAGUACUCUAAUGAAGACACUAGGCCAGUUGCCUUGCCUUGGUUUUGGGAGCACUACAACCCAGAAGAGUACUCUCUAUGGAAGGUUACUUAUAAGUACAACGAUGAAUUGACCUUGACAUUCAUGUCUAAUAACUUGGUUGGUGGGUUUUUCAACAGACUAUCUGCUUCCACCAAAUACAUGUUCGGUUGUCUAGUUGUCUACGGUGAGAAUAACAACAACGGUAUUGUUGGCGCAGUUAUGGUUAGAGGCCAAGACUACGUUCCAGCUUUCGAUGUUGCACCAGACUGGGAAUCUUACGACUAUGUUAAGUUGGAUCCAACUAACGAGGACGAAAAGGAAUUUAUCAACAAUAUGUGGGCUUGGGAUAAGCCAGUUUCAGUCAAUGGCGAACAAAAGGAAAUCGUUGACGGUAAGGUCUUGAAAUAA